AGCGUUUUGUGAUUCUAGUUAUUUCACCAAAAUUUGCUUUGCCACUUGGUUGGUAUUACGGAAUGACGUAAAACAUAACCUCGUUUUGUUGUUUGCGAUUUUCACAUUUUAAAUGCAGCACGUGUGUUUGUUACCGUAAAUACUCGCGACUAAUAAAAAUGGGUAGAAAAGCGAAAUUUAACGAAGGCGUGGUUGUAAAAAGGGGCCCCGGCAAGAAAGCCAAGAAACAAAAAGAUCCUUCUUUUCCGAAAGCAUUGCAAGAUGAGCCAGUGGCGAAAAAAUUGGGCCACCGCCAAAAACAACGUCAACAGAAAAGAUUAAAAAAGAAAAAAAGUGUACCGAUAAAAACCCCUGAAGUGGAGAGAGAAAGUAGCGAAUCAGAAUCGGAGGAAGUCACAGCGGCGUGGUUAAAACCUUCAAUCAGUCAAAAUGACACGAAAAUCCUUCCUGAUAGUGAAUCAGAAGACGACAGUAAGGGCUUCACUGAUGAUAACAAAAAGUGGCUUAAACCGAAAAAGCAAACUGUUGUCAAGUCAGAUGAUAGCAGCAGCGACGAUAAUUUAAAAAUGGGGACUUUGGACGACGUUACUGAUGAAUCUUCAGACGAUGAAUUGCUUCCAAUUGAGAAACAGAAUAAAGAACUUUUGAAGAAACAAGAGGAAGAUGAAAAACUUGCUGAAGAAGAAUUGCAAAUGAACAUAGGUGACCAGGAGAAAUUUCAGUUUCCUUCUAAGAAAGAACGGGAACAGACUGCAAGCUUACAAGAGGUUCAACAGAGGAUUCGCGACGUCGUUGGCGUUUUGUCAGAUUUUAGUAAAUUAAGAGACAAGAAACAUUCCCGUUCCGAGUAUUUGGAGAUGUUGAAGAACGAUCUUUGUACAUAUUACAGUUACAAUGAGUUCUUGAUUGAGAAGCUGAUGCAGCUUUUCCCUCUCAACGAACUUUUAGAGUUUUUGGAGGCCAGUGAAGUGCAGAGGCCUCUCACCAUCCGAACAAACAGUUUGAAGACACGAAGGAGGGACUUAGCCCAGGCUUUAAUAAACAGGGGGGUUAAUCUAGACCCUGUCGGCAAAUGGAGCAAGGUCGGCCUUGUCAUCUAUUCCUCUCAAGUUCCUAUUGGAGCCACUCCCGAGUACCUUGCUGGCCAUUACAUCCUCCAAGGUGCUUCAAGUCUUCUCCCUGUGAUGGCUCUAGCCCCUCAAGAAAACGAAAGAAUUCUCGACAUGUCCGCCGCUCCUGGCGGCAAAGCCUCCCACAUAGCCGCCCUCAUGAAAAACACAGGGGUUCUUUUCGCUAAUGACGUGAACAGCGAUCGUACGAAAGCUAUCGUUGGAAACUUCCACCGUUUGGGGGUCGUCAAUUCCGUAAUAACGUGCAUGGACGGACGGAAAUUCCCAACAAUCAUGAAGGGUUUCGAUAGGGUUCUCUUGGAUGCUCCAUGUUCUGGCACGGGAGUGAUCGCUAAAGAUCAGAGCGUGAAGAUUAACAAAGAUGAGCAGGACAUUCAAAGGUGCUAUAAUUUGCAACGGGAAUUACUGUUGGCGGCUAUAGAUUGCUUAAAUGCAAAGUCAGAAAGUGGAGGCUAUCUGGUGUAUUCGACUUGCUCGAUUUUGCCCGAGGAGAAUGAAUGGGUUGUCGAUUACGCGUUGAAGAAGAGAAAUGUUAAGUUAGUCGAUACAGGACUGGAUUUUGGAACCGAAGGUUUCACGAAUUUUAGACAGUUUAGAUUCCACCCGAGUAUGAAAUUGACGAAACGAUUUUAUCCGCACGCACACAAUAUGGACGGUUUCUUCGUCGCCAAGUUUAAGAAGUUUUCUAAUUUAGUACCGAAGGGCGGUGGCGGCGAGGAAAAGGGAGAGAAGAGAGAGGUGGAAGAAGAGGCGGAAGAAGUGGAAAGCACGAGUAAAAAAAUUAAAAAUGGGGAGGAUGUUCCAGGUGGGAAGACAAAGAAAGUGAAAAAGCAAGCAGAAAAGAAAAGUGAAAGCGUCAAAAAUCAACCCGUCGCGAACGAAAAGAAGAAAAAGACGGGUUUGGAUAACAAGAAGUCCGGAAAUGAAGAGAAAUCGUCGAAGAAAACGAAAGCGAAGAGCAACACGGUGGGUGCAAAUAAGAUAGAUUGGAAAGACGUUCCUAAAGAAGUUGGCUUGAAGCUGGGCAAGAAAAUAAAAAAAAUGAAGAAGAAACAACUUGGUACUUUAAAAAAUAAAAAUAAAACUGUAUUAUUGAAGAAAAAACAGAAAUAAAGAUUAACAGUAAGCAA